CAGCCCUGCAGGGAAGCGGGGGAGCGGUGCGUGGAGGUGGCGAGAGCCGCUCUAGCUGCCGGCGAUAAAGAGCGGGCGCUCAGAUUCCUGCACAAGGCGCAGCGCCUCUACCCCUCCCCGGAGGUUGCGUCACUUCUAGCGCAAGUGGCAAGCUCUCAGGCGGAAAAAGCUGGUCAAGCGGAGGGCCGGGGGGGGGCAGCGGCUGGCGCGGGCGCCGCCCGAAACGCGGAGGGCGCGGGAGAAGGGGGAAGGCGCGAGGGGGCGGGAGCGGGGCCGAGCAGCAGAGCGGGGGGGGAGGAGGGGGGAGCGGAUGGAUCGGGAACGAGACAAAGGAGCAGAGGACAGGGCUCGAGAGAGGCAGAGGUGGGAGCGGUUGAUGAGAGGCGUUGGGAGGCGAGAGGGGGGGAGGCGGGAGGGCAGAUCGAGGAGAAUUCUCAAAAGUCUCCCUGCCUUUCUUGUUCUCUUCUCCGUAACCCCGCUUUCAUCCGCCACGCAUCUUACCCGCCCCCCUUGUUCUCUCCCGCCCGCCCGUCAUCCUCCCGCCCCGAUUCUUCCGCCCCUUGUACGUACGAACGCGCGUGUCCGCGCACGCAGCAGGGCGAGGGCGCGCCCGCGACGGCGGAGCAGGCGCAGCUGGUAGCGCGCAUCCUGCGCACGUCAUGCUACUACGAGGUGCUGGAGCUCCCUCAGACUCUCCCCCCAUCUUCCCCCCCUCCUCCCCCUCCUCUCCCCCACUCUUUCCCCCCUCCCCCCUCCUCUCCCUCUCUUUCCCCUCUUCCCCCCCUCCUCCCACGUCCCCCUUCCUCUCCCCUCCGUUCCCCCCCGCCUCAACCCCCCUGCUCGCAGCAGAGCGAGGGCGCGCCCGCGACGGCGGAGCAGGCGCAGCUGGUGGCGCGCAUCCUGCGCACGUCGUGCUACUACGAGGUGCUGGAGCUGCCCAAGGGCGCCGCGGAGGACGACGUCAAGAAGGCUUACCGCAAGCUGUCGCUGAAAGUGCACCCAGACAAGAACAAAGCCAAGGGCGCAGAGGAGGCGUUCAAAGUGGUAUCGCGCGCCUUCAAGUGUUUGACAGACGCGGACCUCCGAGCCAACUACGACCGCUACGGCCAUGAGGACCCGCAGCACCUGCUGCGGCAGCGCCAGCAGCAGCGGCAGCGGCAGCAGUACGCGGGCGGGUUUGGCGGAGGCCCGCGCAUGUACACGUCUUUCUUUGACGACGAUGACUUUGACCCCAACGACAUCUUCAAUGCUUUCUUCGGCGUGCAUCCGGCACAUGCCCAAGCCUUUCGUGGGCACAUGCACCAGCAGAGGAUGCACCAGCGGCACCAGCAGCAGCACCGGCGGCAGCAGCAGCAGGAGGGGCAGCAGGGGGGGGCAACGGUGAACCCCAUAUUCCUCAUGCAGCUGCUGCCCAUCAUCCUCUUCCUCGCCUACAACCUCCUGCCCUCGCCUGAAGCGCUGUACCGCCUGCGCAGGGAUGAUGUCUACUCGGAGCAGCACGUGACCAGGGUGCUCUCGGUGCCCUACUUUGUGAAGACUGAACCGGACUUUGCCACGACGUAUCCUGCGGGGUCGAAAGAUCGCAUAAAAAUAGAAAACAGUGUAGAAGCAGACCACAGGGAGCGUGUGGAGACAAUGUGUCAUAACGAGCGCGUGCAGCAGGCACACUUCUACAAGUGGGGGCAGGUCCAAAGAGCACGUGCCAUGCACAUGCCAAAUUGCGAGGAGCUCAAGCGCAUACGCACCUUGGUAUAUGGUUAA